AUGCUGCGCUACCUGCUCAAGGCGCUGCUGCAGAUGAACUUGUUCGCGGACUCCCUGGCCGGGGACAUCUCCAACUCCAGCGAGCUGCUUUUCGGCGGCUUCAACUCCUCGCUGGCGGCGCUCAAUCACAGCCUGCCGCUUCCCAGGGACCCCGCUGUCAACGGGUCAAGGGUUGGGCCGGAGGACGCCAUGCCGCGCAUCGUGGAGCAGCCACCAGAUCUGCUGGUCUCGCGGGGUGAGCCGGCCACGCUGCCCUGCCGUGCUGAGGGGCGGCCCCGACCCAACAUAGAGUGGUACAAGAACGGGGCGCGUGUGGCCACUGCGCGCGAGGACCCAAGCGCACACCGCCUGUUGCUGCCCAGUGGCGCCCUCUUCUUCCCGCGCAUUGUGCACGGGCGCCGCGCGCGGCCAGACGAGGGCGUUUACACUUGUGUGGCGCGCAACUACCUGGGAGCCGCGGCUAGCAGAAACGCCUCUCUGGAAGUAGCAGUCCUCCGUGAAGAUUUCCGGCAGAACCCUGAAAAUGUAGUGGUGGCAGUGGGGGAGCCAGCAGUCAUGGAAUGUGUGCCCCCCAGGGGCCACCCAGAGCCUUCUGUGACUUGGAAAAAGGACAAUGCAAGGUUUAAGGAAGAGGAUGGAAGGAUCACGAUUCGUGGAGGAAAGCUGAUGAUGUCACAUACACUCAAGAGUGAUGCCGGGAUGUAUGUGUGUGUGGCUUCCAACAUGGCAGGAGAACGGGAGAGUGGGGCAGCUGAGCUUGUGGUACUGGAGCGUCCCUCAUUCCUGCGCAGACCAGUAAACCAGGUGGUCCUGGCUGAUGCCCCUGUGAAUUUCCUAUGUGAGGUGCAGGGAGAUCCCCCGCCUCAUUUACGCUGGCGCAAGGAGGAUGGGGAACUUCCCACAGGCAGGUAUGAGAUCCGGAGUGACCACAGCCUUUGGAUUGGGCACGUGAGUGCUGAAGAUGAAGGGACUUACACCUGCGUGGCGGAGAACAGUGUGGGCCGUGUGGAAGCCUCCAGUUCCCUCAGUGUUCACGUCCCACCCCAGCUGGUAACCCAGCCCCAGGACCAGAUGGCAGCUCCUGGCGAGGACGUGGUUUUCCAGUGUGAGACCAAAGGAAAUCCCCCACCUGCCAUCUUCUGGCAAAAAGAGGGGAGCCAAGUCUUGCUUUUCCCUAGUCAGUCACUUCAGCCCACGGGGCGCUUCUCAGUCUCUCCCAGAGGCCAGCUCAACAUCACUGAAGUGCAAAGCGGGGACGCUGGCUACUAUGUGUGCCAGGCUGUCAGUGUGGCUGGCAGCAUCCUGGCCAAGGCCCUGUUGGAGAUAAAAGGAGCCUCCUUGGAUGGGCUGCCUCCCGUCAUCCUCCAGGGACCAGCCAAUCAGACCCUGGCUCUCGGCUCCUCUGUGUGGCUACCAUGCAGGGUGUCUGGGAACCCUCAGCCCAGUGUCCAAUGGAGGAAGGACAGGCAGUGGCUGCAGGGGGACGAUCUCCGGUUCAACCUGAUGGCCAACGGCACACUGUACAUCGCCAGUGUGCAGGAGAUGGACAUGGGUUUCUACAGCUGUGUGGCAAAGAGUUCCUUAGGGGAGGCCACAUGGAGUGGCUGGCUCAGGAAGCGGGAAGAUUGGGGAGCAUCUUUAGAUCCACCUACAGAACCCAGUACCCCUCCAGGGCCUCCCUCUCAGCCAGUGGUCAGCGAGAUCACCAAGAACAGCAUUACCCUGAGCUGGAAGCCCAAUCCACAGGCUGGGGCCACAGUCACCUCUUAUGUGAUAGAGGCCUUCAGCCAAGCAGCUGGGAACACGUGGCAGACAGUGGCAGAUGGUGUGCAGCUGGAGACACACACGGUCAGCGGUCUACAACCCAGUACUAUCUACCUGUUCCUGGUACGAGCUGUGGGAGCCUGGGGCCUCAGUGAGCCCAGUCCUGUGUCUAAGCCUGUCCGCACCAAGGAUAGCAGCCCAUCGAGGGCAGCGGAGGACUCAUGGAGAGGCCAGUAUGGCCUGCCUGAAGUAUCUGUGAGAAUGCAAGAGCCCAAAGUCCUGGGGCCCCGGACACUGCAAGUGUCCUGGACUGUGGAUGACCCAGUCCAAUCAGUACAAGGUUUCCGGGUGUCUUGGAGGGUAGCAGGCCUUGAUGGAGGGAGCUGGACAAUGCAAGAUCUACAGAUCCCAAGCCAGCAAAGUACUGUGCUGAGAGGACUUCCUCCAGGGACCCAAAUCCAAAUCAAGGUGCAAGCACAAGGCCAGGAGGGGCUGGGGCCUGAGAGUCCCUUCGUGACUGGGAGCAUUCCUGAGGAGGCCCCCAGCGGACCCCCCCAGGGAGUGACAGUGGCCUUGGGGGGUGACAGUAACAGCAGUAUCACUGUGUCCUGGGAGCCUCCUCUUCCCUCGCAGCAGAAUGGGGCCAUCACUGAAUACCAGAUCUGGUGCCUGGGCAAUGAGAGCCGCUUCCACCUCAACCGGUCUGCGGCAGGCUGGGCACGCUCCGUGACGCUCCGGGGACUGCUGCCGGGUCUGCGCUACCGGACCCUGGAAUUGGGUGUUUUUGACCUCUUGCCUCAUUCCUCUCUUCUUUCUCCUACGGGUUCCUUUUCGGAAGCCUCCUUUGCCUACACACCUGCAGUGUCCUUCCCGCACUCAGAGGGCCUCUCUGGAGCCAGUUCCAGGCCACCCAUGGGCCUCAGCCCUGCCCACUACCCAUGGCUGGCAGACUCCUGGCCCCACCCUUCUGGAAGCCCCUCAGCUCAGGAAACCAGGGGAAGCUGCUGCCCCAGCAACCCUGACCCAGAGGACAGAUACUACAACGAAGCAGGAAUCUCCCUAUACCUGGCUCAGACUGCCCGGGGCACUGCUGUCCCUGGUGAGGGUCCUGUCUACAGCACCAUAGACCCAGCAGGGGAGGAGCUGCAGACCUUCCACGGGGGGUUCCCCCAACAUCCCUCAGGGGACCCAGGCACCUGGAGCCAGUAUGCUCCUCCAGAAUGGAGCCAAGGGGAUGGUGGAGCCAGGGGAGGCAAAGUGAAGCUUCUGGGAAAACCUGUGCAGAUGCCCUCUCUGAACUGGCCAGAAUCCCUGCCCCCACCUCCUCCCUCCUGUGAACUUGGCUGCCCAGAGGGGCCUGAGGAGGAGCUGGUGGGCAGCUCAGAGUCAGAAGAGUGGCGCCCACCAAUGCCUGAGAGAAGCCACCUGACUGAACUCAGCUUGAGUGGAGGGUGCCCAAUGGCUCCAUCUAGAGGGGAAACCCCCUCUCCUACACCCUCCUAUGGACAGCAGUCCACAGCCACUCUUACCCCCUCACCACCUGACCCUCCCUUGCCCCCCAGUGACAUUCCCCAUCUCCAUCAGAUGCCCAGGAGGGCACCCCUUGGGCCAAGUUCCCCUCUCAGUGUCUCCCAGCCCACUCUGAGUAGCCACGAAGGGAGGCCUGCUGGCCUGGGUGCUGGCCCCACAGCCUCCCAUCACCUCAGCCCCAGCCCCAUUCCUAGCACUGCCAGCAGUGCCCCAGGUGCUACAGGAAGAACUCUUCAGGUGCCUGGGGAGAUGACUCCUCCACUUCAAGGACCCCGUGCCCGAAUCCGAAAGAAGUCCAAGGCUCUUCCCUAUAGGAGAGAGCACAGUCCUGGGGACUUACCUCCACCACCCCUGCCACCACCAGAGGAUGAGGCAGGGUGGGCCAUGGGGCUGAGAGCAGCAGGCAGCUUGUCCUCCUUGGAGCGGGAACGCAGUGGGGAAAGAAGAGUGCUGCAGGCAGUGCCCCCAGGGGCCCAGCGAGGACCCCACCAGGAUGAAGGGGUCUGGCUCCCGUAUAGCAGGCCAAGCUUCCUGUCCCGUGGCCAAGGCACCAGCACCUGUUCCACAGCUGGGAGCAACUCUUCCAGGGGCUCCGGCAGCUCUCGGGGCUCCAGGGGCCCUGGACGGAGCCGAAGCCAGAGCCGGAGCAGAAGCCAGAGCCAAAGGCCAGGGCAGAAAUGUCAAGAGGAACCAAGAUGACCCUCAUGAAGUAAUGAGAGUAUAGAGAGUCCUGGAGGAAGGGUGGGGGCCCCUUCUCUGGUGUGAACCAAGAGGAGCUGGGCGGAGCCCUCUUCCCUCCUGCAGUGAUGCUUGUGGUUCUCAGAAGCCCGUUGGCCUCAAUAGCUUCAACUGGUUUGGAAGCCAGCAAGCCAGAGAGCGCUUCCAUUUGCAUCAUGUUCUGAGACCUGAUUGUGUAAGGGACAAUA